UCCUUGUGCGAAGGCAAGGGGCUCUCUAUAUAUCUGAGGAGCACCACAAGAGCCCAACAGAGACUCUAGGGAGUAUUGCAGACUGAACCCAGCUCACAAUUCUUUCCAGUAUGAAGCUGACUGUGGUCUUUCUGAUGGCUUCCUUGGCUCUAUAUAGUAACUCAGCUUUUGCCUCAUUCCAGGAUUAUCUACCCAAACCCCACAUCCCUUCUGAUGAGAUCCAGAAGUCUAUCGCCAAGCCUGUAAUGGAGGCAGUACCUAACCCUAUCUUUAGCCACUUUAGCCUGCUCAAAUUAAUCUUGAGAGGUCUGGGGAUUCCUGUGGACCACUUGGUGGAAGGGUCCAAAAAGUGUGUGGAGGAACUGGGAUCUGAGUCUGUGGAAGCAGUGAAGAGCUUGCUGGGGGCCCUGACAUAUUUUGGUUGAGAUGCAGUUGGAUUGAACCAGCCUCUGGACCACAGGCAAAAAGAAGCACAGAUGUGAGGUCCAGUGGGCAUUUUUCCAACCUCUAGAGCAUUGUGGAAGCCUCUCAUGUAUGAGCCUUGAAUUCCUUUCAUUCAUUGUAAUAAAUUUAAUAAACUGAUUUCAAAGCAGA